GAUUUCACCGCCGGUAUGGACACAGCCGGCGUUGUAUCGACCCCACUUCCGUACUUUAAUCCACGUGACCGGAAGCAGGGCAUCUCGACCAAGAUGUCCGCCGCUGAUCGAGACACGUUUCCCGGGGAAGGAGACGGCAUGGAGGAGCAAGGCGACUCGGCAGACGACGACGAGGGAGUGGACAUGGAAGAGGAGGAAGUUGCAGAAGGCGAGACCAAAGUCUACGUGCCCGGGAUCGAGCCCCUUCAGCCGGGGGAGCGUCUGGAGAUGGACCAGUCCGCCUACCGCAUGUACCAUGAGUGUCAAACAGGCUCGCCAUGUUUGAGCUUCGACAUCCUGAGAGAUAACAAUGGCGACGGAAGGGAAGACUUUCCUCUCUCCAUGCUGCUGUGUGCCGGCACUCAGGCCGACAAAGCCAUGGCCAACAGACUGCUGAUGAUGCGCAUGCACAACCUUCAUGGGACAGAGAAAGCCAAGAAGGAAGAGGACGCUGAAAGCAGCGAGGAGAGCAGCGAGGAAGAGGGCGAGGAAGAGGAGGAAGGUGCCAGCAAGAAACCACUGAUGGAGCUGGCCAUGAUGCCUCAUUUUGGAGCCAUCAACAGAGUCCGAGUGACGCGGCACAGCGAGCAGACUCUGGCCGCCGUCUGGUCGGAGAAAGGGCAGGUGGAAAUAUUUGACCUCCGACCUCAGCUGGAGGCUGUGCACAGUUCUGCCGCCAUGAAGACGUUCAUGCAGCAGCAGAAGGAGGCCACGGCCCUUUUCAGCUUCUCGGGUCACAUGACGGAAGGAUACGCCAUCGAUUGGUCGCCGUUGGUGCCUGGUCGUCUCGUCAGCGGCGACUGCAAGAAGAACAUCCACAUGUGGGAGCCGCAGGAGGGCGGAGCUUCCUGGCGUAUCGACCAGCGGCCCUUCAGUUCCCACAGCAAGUCCGUGGAGGACCUGCAGUGGUCGCCCACGGAAGCCACGGUGUUCGCUUCCUGCUCCGUGGACGGCUCCAUCCGCAUUUGGGACAUCCGAUCCCCGCCCAACUCCAUGCUGGCGGCCAAUGAGGCGCACGCGUCAGACAUCAACGUCAUCAGCUGGAACAGAACGGAGCCCUUCCUCCUGUCGGGGGGGGAUGACGGACUCCUCAAAGUCUGGGACCUGCGGCAGUUUAAGACGGGCCGCUCCGUGGCCACCUUCAAGCAGCACGGCGCCCCCAUCACCUCCGUGGAGUGGAGCCCGGCCGACCCCGGCGUGUUCGCCGCGUCCGGCGCCGACGACGUGGUCAGCCAGUGGGAUCUGUCGGUGGAGUCAUGUGACACCAAGGGGCAGGACCUGCAGUCACGUGACACCAAGGUGCAGGACCUGCACGGUCUGCCCCCCCAGCUGCUCUUCCUGCACCAGGGACAGUCCGACAUCAAGGAGAUCCACUGGCACCCCCAGCUCCCUGGGGUCCUGGUCUCCACCGCCCUCUCCGGGUUCAACGUGUUCAGGACUAUCUCUGUCUAGUCCCACUACUACUGCAGUACUACAGGUACUACCGCCGUACUAUAGCUAGUACCGCCGUACUACAGGUACUGCCGCCGUACUACAGGUACUGCCGCCGUACUACAGGUACUGCCGCCGUACUACAGGUACUGCUGCAGUACUACAGGUACUGCCGCAGUACUACAGGUACUGCCGCAGUACUACCACAGUACUACAUGUAAAUGACAUAUUUCACUUUUAUACCCAUCUGUCCAUAAGUCCACACACGUCUUUGAAGUACCACCACAAAUAAAAGCAAGUACUAUAAGGUAA